GCGAGGGAAAGCACGAUGACUGCGUCACGCUGUGCAUGGCAAUGGCGGAGGGCAUGGCCAACAAUUUGGAGGAGCGGCUGGGUGACUUGAAGCAGUUGAGUGGCGUCAUGCUGUUUUGUGCCGACCAGUGGCCGUUGCUAUGGGCACGUGCGGCCAGGAUCAAGCAGUGCAUUGAGUGGUUCCAUUCCCUUGUACUUCUGUACCACGCGGAGGGAGCUGAAGAGGUCUUACCAGAUAGGUCAUGAAGCGUUGUGACUGGUAUUCCA